CCCGGCGCGGCAAACUACCGCUACAUUGUCGGCUACAACCUACACUUAGACAUUGGCGGGAUCAGGCAGAUAGCUAGAAGAAUAUAAAUAUGGGAAAUCAAGUGCCGGAAGUUGGAAAAAUCCUCCGCCGGCGAUUUCUGGAAAUCGAGCGAGAGAUAAAGUUGGGGGAGGAAAUGAUGACCCUCGCUGUAUCGCUUCUCGCUUCUCUUCUUCUACUUCCUCUUGCCGGAGAAGCAGCGAUUGGAAUAUCUCAAACUCAAAUCCUUCCCGUCUCCAUGGCUGGAACGCCGGCGGCGAUGGUUCUUCCACUCUUCUUCUCGCCUCUCAACACCACGCGGCGAUCGUUUCCGCCUUUUCCAGCGAUUUAUUCCCACCGACGGGAACUGCAGGAGAAGUCUUCGUCUGUAGCCAACGCGCACAUGAGGCUCUACGAUGAUCUUCUCACCAACGGGUAUUAUACGACUAGAUUAAUGAUCGGUACUCCUCCCCAAAAAUUUGCCCUAAUCGUCGAUACGGGGAGCACCGUCACUUAUGUUCCUUGCUCCUCCUGUGAGCAGUGCGGCAAUCACCAGGAUCCAAGGUUUCAACCUGAUAUGUCAAGCACAUACGAGCCAGUAAGAUGCCGUACAGACUGUACCUGUGAUGCUGAUGACAAACAGUGCACUUACGAGAGGCAGUAUGCUGAGAUGAGCUCAAGCAGUGGAGUUCUUGGAGAGGACUUGGUAUCAUUUGGAAUAGAGAGUGAUCUUGAACCGCAAAGAGCGGUAUUUGGUUGUGAAACUUCUGAAACCGGUGAUCUUUUCAACCAACAUGCUGAUGGUAUAAUGGGUUUGGGUCGUGGCCAGCUUAGCAUCAUGGACCAGCUUGUUGAUAAGGGUGUGAUAAAUGAUUCGUUCUCUUUAUGCUAUGGCGGCAUGGACAUUGGUGGUGGUUCAAUGGUCCUUGGGGGGAUUCCACUUCCGCCUGAUAUGGUUUUUGCACGUUCAGAUCCAGUUCGUAGUCCAUAUUACAAUAUCGACCUGAAGGGGAUCGUCGUUUUGGGGAAGAAAUUGGAUAUAAGUCCAAGUGUCUUUGAUGGCAAGCAUGGAACUGUUUUGGAUAGUGGAACAACAUUUGCCUAUCUUCCUAAAGAAGCUUUUAUCGCAUUUAGAGAUGCCAUGAUGGAUAAAAUACCUCUCAAACAAAUUCCUGGUCCAGAUCCAAAUUACAGAGAUAUUUGUUUCUCUGGCGCCGGAAGUGAUGUUUCCCAACUCUCAAAGUUCUUCCCUGAAGUGGACAUGCUCUUUGGCGAUGGACAAAUAUUAAAACUCUCUCCCGAGAAUUACUUGUUCCGGCAUUCUAAGGUUCAUGGUGCUUAUUGCUUGGGAGUCUUUCAAAACGGGAAUGAUCUUACAACUCUUUUGGGAGGAAUAAUUGCCCGCAACACUCUUGUGAUUUAUGAUCGCCGGAAUGAAAGAAUUGGUUUUUGGAAAACAAAUUGUUCUGAAUUAUGGGAGAGGCUUAAGUUCAAUGGUGCCCCUUCACCAGCGCCUUUUGCUUCUGAAAGCAGCUAUACAUCUGAAAUUCCCUCACCAGCAUUGUCUCCUAGUCAAGCUCAGAACUAUAGUUUGCCAGCCCAAUACCGAGUUGGAGUUAUAACUUUUGAUAUCUCUUUGAGUGUUGAAUAUUCGGAUAUGGAGCCUCAUGUCAAAGAAUUCACAGAACUGAUAGCAAAUGAGCUGGAAGUUGAUAUUUCUCAAGUUCAUUUGAUGAACUUUACGAGUGCAGGAAACGGUACGUUGAUAAAAUGCGCCAUUUUUCCAUCAAGAUCUGGUUUCAUUUCAAACAAAGCAGCACUGGGUAUAAUAUCACGUUUAACUGAACACCGCCUUCAACUUCCUGCAAAUUUUGGAGAUUAUAGUUUGGUUGAAUGGAACAUCGAACCUUCAAAAAGGUCAUGGUGGCAAGUGCAUCUACUUGGAUUUGUCAUAGGUGUAGCUAUUGUUAUGAUGAUCUCAUUUUUAGUUGUGGUCGUGUGGUACUUCUGGAGACAAAAACCAGGGGCUGCUGGGGCAUACCGGCAUGUAGACACUGCUUUUGCCGAGCAAGAGCUACAGCCAUUAUAAAUGGAAAAAAAACUUGGGUUCAAAUAUCCUGAUCAAAUUUUAUUUAGGAUAGUUCUCAAAAUUAUUAACUUUUAUUUGAAAUCAAUGCAACAUAAAUAAAUAAAUCAAAAUAUAUGUUGCAUUCAUAUCAAAGUAAAUCCAACAAUUUUGAGACCGAGAUGGCAUAUUUUGAUCAGAAUAUCUCGAGUCUUUUUUUUUUCUAUCAUUAUUUCAUUGUCACAAGAUGGCCCAGUAAACAAAUUUUGGCUAUGUGGAGAUACCAAACUUUCCUUAAAAGAUUUAGAAUUGAAGCGCCUGUCCUUGGUUUGAUCAUGGCGUGCCAGAGUUUCAUUCUAUAUUGGAAAUGCUAAAAAAUUAGAACCUGUAAGAAACUUGAGAAAGGGUAGAGUCGGACAUCACCUUGAAUUCCUCCUGCUGUUCUUAGAAGAGAUAUCUCUCAUCUGCAGUUUUCUCCAUGGAGAAAAGUUGGUAGAAGGGGUAGGUCAAUUUAUAUACUCGUCAGAAUUCAUCUGUAUAAUAUAGAGCAUGAAUUUAGCUGAAACCUUGAAAGAUUUUAUUCUUGUAUGUUGUAUCUCAUAAAUUUUUGUUAGUGAAUUUCUGGUUUUAAGUG